AUGACAACCCUUUCCAAUAUCCCAAAUUUAAUGGAAGACAGAAUUCCCAAUAUUUCUACUGACAACCUCCCAAUUUCUUGCAUGGUCUGGAAUGUUCAGGGGGCUGGAAACCGAAAUUUCAUAACUGCUUUAAAGGAGGUAGUACGUGCUAAUAAACCUAGUGUAAUUGCACUAGUUGAAACACAUAUGGCAGGAGCACAAGCACAAAUGAUCGCAACGAUUCUUGGAUAUUCGGGUCACACAAGGGUCGAUGCCAUGGGAUUUAGAGGUGGUAUUUGGAUUUACUGGAAAACAGAACAGGUGACAGUAGAACCAAUUUUGAAGCAUAACCAACAUAUCACAAUGAAUAUAACGCGGGUAGGUGCGACUCCUUGGUAUUUCACAGCGGUAUAUGCAAGCCCUGACCCUACCAAGAGAAGCGAACUGUGGGUUGAACUUCAUAGCUUUGCACAAACCCACAAUAAACCUUGGCUCCUUGCGGGUGACUUCAAUGAUACCCGGUCCCGCUCUGAACGUAACAGCUCGUGCCAUGAAACAACAAGAAGAUCAGUUUUGUUCAAUGAAUGGGUUGAUGACAUGCAGUUGAUAGAAGUUGAAUUUUCGGGAGCUGCUCACACAUGGGCUAGGGGUCUAACUCCAGAGACUAGGAGGAGUGGACGCCUAGAUAGAACACUAUGUAAUAGUGAAUGGAGUCUGCGUUUUGACACUGCCAAAGUUAAACACCUUCCAUCCAUUCACUCAGAUCAUUGCCCAUUGCUUCUCUCACCCAAUGGAUUUGCUCCCACACAAUCCAUCAACCGGCCCUUUCGGUUUCAAGCAGCGUGGCUAAGACAUGAAACUUUCUCGGAAUUUGUUCACGAGAAGUGGAACCGUGAAGAAUUUCUCAUCCCUGCGCUAGCCAAGCUAUCAGAAGACCUCCAACAAUGGAAUAAAGAAAUUUUUGGCAACAUAUUCCAUAAAAGCGCAGCUUGA